GCUACGUAUGCCAGACCUCCAAAAGUUCGUAGCGGACUCGUAACCUUAAGUGAGACAGCUGACAGCUGGACUUUUGUACAAUUAUUUUGUACAUUUUACAUUUUACAUUUUACCUUUUACAACCAUUCAUAAUCUCACGACUAUAACUACGACUUACGAUCACGACAACCUCACAGGUCUCAUGCGCGGCGAGAUUCUUGCUGUCGCGACCCUUUUCUUCUUCCCUUGUUCUCUUUAAAUCCAAUUGACCAUUGAGACAUCGCAAAGAUGAAGUCGCUCAUCUCUUUCGUCGUCCUCUUCUGGACGGCUCUUGUACACGCUGUUAGCUCCAGCGGGGACAGGCUGCUAAUCGUCCUCGAAGAUGUCGCCGAGAAAGAGGGUUAUUCUAAGUUCCUAGGCGACUUAGAAGGCCGGGGAUUCCAGAUGAGUUAUGAAACUCCAAAAAGCGAUAGUCUACGAUUAUUCAAUUUAGGCGAGAGGUCCUACGACCACGUUUUAUUCCUCCCAACUAAGUCUAAGGGCCUUGGUCCACACCUAACACCCAAGAUUCUUCUUGACUUCAUCAAUGCAGAUGGCAACAUCCUCCUAGCCCUCUCAGCCUCUCAACCCGCCCCAACAUCACUUGUUUCUCUACUUCUCGAAUUAGACAUUCAUCUACCUCCCGACCGACAGGGACUUGUUGUCGACCACUUUAACUACGACGUUUUGUCCGCACCAGAGAAGCACGAUGUGCUGCUGCUGCCCACCCCUGGUGCUCUACGAUCUGACGUUAGAGAUUUCUUCAGCCCGCCAACUCCGAACGGAGAGGUCAUCGCUUUCCCUAGCGGGACUGGCCAGACCCUUGGAUCGGGUGCCCUCCUCACGCCGAUCCUCCGCGCUCCCUCCACAUCUUACAGCUACAAUCCGAAAGAACAAGCCGAAACAGUUGACGACCUUUUCGCAAGCGGCAGCCAGUUGUCCCUCGUUAGCACCAUGCAAGCCCGAAACUCCGCCCGCUUCACCGUCGUCGGCUCCGCAGAGCUCUUAAGUGAUAAAUGGUUCGACGCCAAGGUGAAGAAGGUCGGCGAGACGAAAGAGGUCGCCACAGUCAAUCGCGAGUUUGCCAAAUUGGUGUCGGGUUGGACGUUCAAGGAGAUUGGAGUCCUGCGAGUGAACUCGGUUACACACCACUUGAACGAGGUUGGUCAGAGCAACGCUAGUAACCCUACGAUCUACCGCGUCAAGAACGAUGUCACCUACUCUAUUUCCUUCUCCGAGUACGCUUGGGAUAAGUACGUUCCCUUCACCGUGCCCGAAUCCGACGAACUGCAGCUUGAGUUCAGCAUGCUGUCUCCUUUCCAACGCCUGAACCUCGUUCCCACAACCGAUGACGCAAAUAACGGAAAAUUGUACUCCGUUUCGUUUAAAUUACCCGAUCAACACGGUAUCUUCAACUUCAAGGUCAACUACAAGAGACCCUUCUUUACCAAUGUCGAGGAGAAGGUAACCGUCUCAGUCCGCCACUUCGCCCACGAUGAAUGGCCCCGCAGCUACGUCAUCAGCGGCGCCUGGCCUUGGCUCGCCGGUAUUAGCGCUACUGUCACAGGCUGGCUCGGCUUCUGUGCCAUCUGGCUGUAUAGUAAACCAGUCACCGAUGCGGAGGAGGAGAGCAAGAAGACGCAGUAAGGGGUUACGUUUACGGUCUGGUUUAAGGGUACGUAUUCAAGGCAGGGGAGGCAUGGGGAGGUUUACCAAACAAAAGGGAUAUGUGACUUGUGACGGUGUCUAAAAUACGUGGUCAUACCUGGAUGGAUAUGGACGCGCAACAUGGACGCGGCGGCAGAUACGGAAUGAAUAAAAUCAACUGAGAUUUAAUCUUUUCUCCUGGGCUAUUUCUGGCAUGGGGUUUUCGAUGCUCUUGCUUGCUUAGAGGUACCUAGAUAUCUAGGUAUUAUGGAGUUGGCGAUGCGAAUCAUAUCUGUGAAUUACAGCUAA